GUGCAUCAUGAUGGUGGUGUUCCAGAACAAGAUCAUCUACAUGCCCGGACUGCCGCCCACCUCGCGCAGGGAGCAGAUAGCGAACUGGGCAAGCAUGUGUGGAGGCGUCCAGUGGACGGAGGAGAGAACGGUGGCCGAGGACGGGACCGAGCUGGCCCUGGCCGUGACGACCGUUCCUCUCCCGAAGGGAAGACGUCCGGCCGCUGCGGCGGCCAAGAACCAGCCCGCCCCGGCCCAUGUCUAUGUGCUCUACUUCCAGGGAAACGCGUCGUCCAUACCACCACGGCUACCUGACCUAUCCUGGACCCUUCGGGCAGUCAGUGACAGCAAGACGCAUGCGCUGGCGCCGAUGGAGCUGACCUUUGUCUGCCUGAGCUACAGAGGUUACUGGACCUCGCGUGGCAGGCCCUCGGAGCCGGGGCUUCGGCUGGAUGCCGAAGCGGGCGUGCGGUGGAUUGCCGAGCGCCACGAACGCGUCUUCGGGAAGGUCGGCAUCGGGGCCACCGAGCCCAUCCUCCUCGUCUGGGGCCAGAGCAUCGGGUCAGGGGUAGCGACGAACCUCGCGGCGACUGGCCGAGUUCCAGCCGGGAUGCCGAUCAGAGGCCUCCUUCUCGAGACUCCGUUUGUGUCAAUCAGGGCCAUGUUGGAGACCUUAUACCCCCAAAAGUGGCUACCGUACCGAUACCUGUGGCCAUUUCUCCGGAACCACCUAGACAGCUGGGAGAACCUGGGCCUGAUCUCCCAGGCUUCCGAGGAGAAGGGUGUUCCGGGUCCAAUGGUCUACAUCCUCGAGGCCGAAAGAGACGAACUCGUGCCGAAGGAACAGAGCGAGCGUCUUUACCGAAGGUGUGUGGACCUAGGGCUAACCGUCGAAAAGGUAACUGUGCCUGUGGCAUUCCACCAGCAGGCCAUCGCCAGGGGGGAUGGGAAGAAGUUGGCCGCCCAGGCCCUCUUGGAAAUGACUCAGAGCGCGUGGAAGAGUGGUUGAGAAUUCCCUCCCCCCCCCUCCCCCUUGAACCUUGGUGUCGAAAUUCCUUUUACAAGCAUUCUCGAUUGUGGCGGCAAUUUUUGAAGCGGCUUCAUCUCGAGAAGGCCCCUGUCCAAGACCCUGGUAGAACAUGUCCGGGAAGGUCCAGCAAUUGGGUCUGGCCAAGACGGGGACCGAAGAGAGCAGGGCCCGAUCGAGAAGGGGAACGAGGGUUCGGGUCAUGCCAAAGCCAUCGGCACGGUUGAACGACUGUUUGCUCCGUGCUCUGCGACUUUCUACAAGGGUCGCGCUGAACGUUGCGUGCUCGGGUUGCGCACUGCUCCUGGGGAAGCAGGCCUCUCAGUGGGCCCCCAGUU